ACACCAUCCAUCGGUCGGUCACUGUCUCACCAAACAUACAACGCAUAUAUAUACUUCAUAAACAGAGUCAUUGGAUCACAUCAAUAGUAUGUUAUCUAUCUUUUAAACUUUGGAGAAAGGAUGAAGAUGUUACCAGAAGCAUGCGUGGCGAACAUCCUCUCCUUCACAACUCCUGCAGAUACGUUCUCGUCGGCGUCUGUCUCCUCAGUUUUCAGACUUGCGGGAGAGUCUGACUUCGUGUGGGAAAAGUUUCUACCCUCUGGUUACAGCCGCCUCAUCUCUACAUGGACGCAUGGGAGUUUCUCCUCCAAAAAGGAGCUCUAUCGAUGUCUCUGUGAAUCAAUUCUCAUCGAAAAUGGCAGAAAGAUAUUCAAGAUUGAUAAGCUAUCUGGGAAGAUAACGUAUGUUCUGUCGGCAAGAGAUCUUUCCAUAACUUGGAGCGAUCAACGACAUUACUGGUCUUGGAGCCAUCGAUCAGAUUCAAGAUUCUCAGAAGCGGUCCAACUUAUAAUGACGGACUGGUUAGAAGUAACCGGAAAAAUCCAGACAGGAGCUUUAUCACCGAACACGAGUUACGGAGCUUAUCUGAUCAUGAAAGUGACGGACCGAGCAUAUGGACUAGACCUAGUCCCGGCCGAGACUUGGGUAAAAGUGGGAAACGGGGGAAAGAAAAUAGACACGAGUUAUCUAAGUUGCUUGGAUGACAAGAAACAACUAAUGAAGCGGUUGUUUUAUGGACAUAGAGAUCAGAGAACGGCCAAGAAUGAGCCGAAGGUGCGAGAUGAUGGGUGGAUGGAGAUAGAGCUCGGAGAGUUCGAGACAGGACGAGAAGGUGGUGACAAGGAGGUUGUUAUGAGUCUAACCGAAGUUAAAGGUUAUCAGUUGAAAGGUGGGAUUGUAAUUGAUGGGAUUGAAGUCAGGCCUAAACCCUAAAAACGAGUGCCAAAUAUUUUGGUUAAGUUGAUAAAUAAAUGGGUUUAUUUGUGAAAUAAACAAAAGAAAAAUUAUACGAUGAGAAAAUUAUAAUGUGUUGGCCAGUGAUACAAACUGAUUGAAUCAUUCAUUAUUAUUGAA